GGACGUGUUCGGGCGUCUCCGCCAUUUUGUGAGUCUAUAACUCGGAGCCGUUGGGUCGGUUCCUGCUAUUCCGGCGCCUCCACUCCGUCCCCUGCGGGUCUCCUCUGUGUGCAAUGGACGGCAUCGUCCCAGACAUAGCAGUUGGUACAAAGCGGGGAUCCGACGAGCUCUUCUCUGCCUGUGUCACUAACGGACCCUUUAUCAUGAGCAGCAACUCGGCUUCUGCAGCAAAUGGGAACGACAGUAAGAAGUUCAAGGGUGACAACAGGAGUGCAGGUGUGCCCUCCAGAGUGAUCCACAUCCGGAAGCUUCCCAGUGACGUCACCGAGGGCGAGGUCAUUUCUCUGGGGCUGCCCUUCGGGAAGGUCACCAAUCUCCUGAUGCUGAAAGGGAAAAAUCAGGCUUUCAUCGAGAUGAACACGGAGGAGGCCGCCAACACCAUGGUGAACUACUACACGUCCGUGACCCCUGUGCUGCGCGGCCAGCCCAUCUACAUCCAGUUCUCCAACCACAAGGAGCUCAAGACGGACAGCUCACCCAACCAGGCGCGGGCCCAGGCGGCGCUGCAGGCGGUGAACUCGGUGCAGUCAGGAAACUUGGCCCUGGCCGCCUCGGCUGCCGCGGUGGACGCGGGGAUGGCCAUGGCUGGCCAGAGCCCGGUGCUCCGGAUCAUCGUGGAGAACCUCUUCUACCCGGUGACUUUGGACGUGCUCCACCAGGUGAGGUGGCUGGGGGCGUGCGGCCGCCCCCGGUCCUGUUGCCGACCGUGGGGUUCCCUGGGCGGAGGUCGGGACCACUCUCUUCUCUUGCAGAUCUUCUCCAAGUUUGGCACGGUUCUGAAAAUCAUCACGUUUACCAAGAACAACCAGUUUCAAGCCCUGCUGCAGUACGCCGACCCUGUGAGCGCGCAGCACGCCAAGCUGUCGCUGGACGGGCAGAACAUCUACAACGCUUGCUGUACCCUCCGUAUCGACUUCUCCAAGCUCACCAGCCUCAACGUCAAGUACAACAACGACAAGAGUCGUGACUACACACGCCCUGACCUGCCCUCCGGGGACAGCCAGCCUUCGCUAGACCAGACCAUGGCCGCUGCCUUCGGUGCGCCUGGUAUAAUGUCAGCCUCUCCGUAUGCAGGAGCUGGUUUCCCUCCCACCUUUGCAAUUCCUCAAGCUGCAGGCCUCUCUGUUCCUAACGUGCACGGGGCCCUGGCUCCUCUGGCCAUCCCGUCGGCGGCGGCGGCGGCGGCAGCGGCGGGCCGGAUCGCCAUCCCCGGCCUGGCAGGGGCGGGAAACUCUGUCCUGCUGGUCAGCAACCUCAACCCCGAGAGAGUCACACCCCAAAGCCUCUUUAUUCUUUUCGGCGUGUACGGCGACGUGCAGCGGGUGAAGAUCUUGUUCAACAAGAAGGAGAACGCGCUGGUGCAGAUGGCGGACGGGAGCCAGGCGCAGCUGGCCAUGAGCCACCUCAACGGCCACAAGCUGCACGGGAAGCCGGUGCGCAUCACGCUGUCCAAGCACCAGAACGUGCAGCUGCCCCGCGAGGGCCAGGAGGACCAGGGCCUGACCAAGGACUACGGCAACUCCCCCCUGCACCGCUUCAAGAAGCCGGGCUCCAAGAACUUCCAGAACAUCUUCCCGCCCUCGGCCACCCUGCACCUCUCCAACAUCCCGCCCUCUGUGUCUGAGGACGAUCUGAAGAUCCUCUUUUCCAGCAACGGCGGGAUCGUCAAGGGGUUCAAGUUCUUCCAGAAGGACCGCAAGAUGGCCCUGAUCCAGAUGGGCUCGGUGGAGGAGGCCAUCCAGGCGCUCAUUGACCUUCACAACCACGACCUGGGCGAGAACCACCACCUGCGGGUGUCCUUCUCCAAGUCCACCAUCUAGGGCCGCCAGGGACCGGCCUGCUGGCGCCUGGCCACAACUUCCAUCAUUCCAGAGAAAAGCCACUUUAAAAAGCAGCUGAAGUGACCUUAAAAGACCAGAGAUUUUAUUUUUUUAAAAGAGAAAUCAGUUUACCUGUUUUUAAAAAAAUUAAAUCUGAUCGACCCUGCUCACCCUGGGGAGAUGGGGUGCCGGCCUGAGGCUCCUGGUGACGAGUGGACAGUGCGCCCCCCGCUCCCUCCCCAGCCCCCCAAGCCCGUGCCUUCUGCAGCCCCUGUGGGGUGGGCGCUCCCAAACCUCGGCUUUCUUGUGCCUUAAAACCAGCUGCUCUGGCAGGGCCCUCGGCGGGGGGGGCGGGGGUGUGGGGGCUGGUGGGUCGGCCUCCCGCGUGGGAUCAUGUGCCUGACGCAGCAGGAGGCUGCGAGCUGCAGGGACCAGCCGGCACCCCCUGAUCUGUUUAAUCAAGUGUGUGAUUCUCCCCACCCCUGCCCCGGCACCCCAACUUGGGGCAAGACCCCAAGGGCACCGGCCCCGUCCUCCUUCAGCUCAGAGCUCUGUUUUCACCGUAAUCUCUGUAUUGUGCUUUGAUGCAGUUGCAGACAUCUGUGCCUAGCAAUAUUUCCAGUUGACCAAAUAUUCUAAUCUUUUUUUCAUUUAUAUGCAAAAGAAAUAGUUUUAAGUAACUUUUUAUAUAGCAAGAUGAUAAAAAUGGUAUGAGUAUAAUCUCAAUUUCCUCCUCGUGGUAUGACCUUACAUACUGUCCUUUUUUAUUUUAUUCCUUGUAAUUAAGUCGCAGGGCAGGAUCUAGUUUCCAGGGCAGACCCGCUGGGGCCCCGGCCCUUCCCGCAAGGCCCCGAGCCGGCCCUGCCCACCACCUCCAGAUGCCUUACUCACACCUAACCUGUUCCCUGUCCAGGGGAAAAGCGCUCUUAAACUUGUAAACUUUUCAGGGUUUCCUUUCUCCUGCAAAUUUUGGACCAAAGUUUUGUUUGUUUUUUUGUCUGCCUCUAAUGCUGGGGCCCCAGAAGGUGGGACAGCGGCCCCUGAGUCUUAACUGUCUCCCACACGUCGUCCUGCACUCACGGGUCCAAGGGGCUCCCCUGCGAGCAGACCCCGUGCUGGCCAGCCCCCUCCCUCGGGCCUGGACCCUCGAGUUUCCGUGUUGGGUUGGAACAAGGGUGUAAAUAUUUAUAAUUUUUUAUACCUGUUGUAAAACGAGGGGCAGCAAACGUGGUUUUUUAUAAAGGUGACGCAGAUGUAUAUUUUGAUAACCGCAGUUACAGGCUCAGUAUUGUGCCGGGAGCGAGGCACUCCACUGCCCGCCCCGACGGCUUGUAAUGCAGAGAGAACCGAAUUAAAGCGAUUUUACAACUCCUACCUUUUCUGUAGGCUCUUUCUUCCUGUUCACGUUGUAGAGGGCGGCUGGCCAGUCUGUCUGCUGGACUUGGAAUAAAUGUCUCUGCAUCCUGCA